AUGACCCCAGACUCGGAGCCCAUCGUGACAUACGAUAUUAACAUACCCUAUCAGGACAACAAUGUGGACGCCACCAGCAAGAUGAAGUAUCCACAGUACAAGCCUACAUGGGACCCAGUUUGGUUCGAGCCACUUCCCGAGUUUGUCUUCGUAGACCCCGCAACCCGUGCAGCCUCACACAAGCCCCACUUGUUGUCAUCUCUCGGCGUAGUGUCCGAGAACUUGACGCCAAAGAUGGGGACUGUAUUGCGAGGAGUAGAUCUGACGGAAUUGACGACGAACGCCAUGGCCAAGGACGAGUUGGCUCUGCUCAUCGCAGAGCGUAAGAUCGUCGUGUUCCCAGACCAGGAAGCGUUCAUCAAUGCGGGUCCUGAUGUACAGCAGGGUUUCAUGGACUACUUUGGGAAGAGAAACUACCAGCCGGUUUCGGGGAGUAUUCCCGGUCACCCAGGAUUUCACAUCAUCCACCGAGACGGUAACAGACCUGAGCUUGAAGCUUUCUUCGCGAGGAAAACUACAUCAUGUCUCUGGCACCAGGACGUAAGCUAUGAGCGACAACCUCCAGGCUAUGUGAUGCUUGCUCUCCUCGACGGACCAAAAUGCGGAGGGGAUACCGUUUUCGCUGCUACAGAUGAUGCAUUCAGCCGUCUUUCCCCGACUUUGCAGAAUUUCUUGUCGACUCUUCGCGUAACACACUCCUCUGCAAAUAUGCUCAACCACACCAAACUCGCGGGAGGCAUCGUGAGGAAAGAUCCAGUUACGUCCAUCCACCCACUGGUUCGCGUCCACCCAAUCACCGGCGCGAGGUGUUUGUUCAUCAAUGGUGAAUUCAUCACGGGCGCUGUCGGUUUGAAGGAUGUCGAAUGGGCCGCCCUUUCGGAUUUUCUCUUAAAACACAUAAUCGAGUCGCAUGACGUUCAAGUGCGUGUUCAUUGGCAACCCAAAACAGUUGUUAUGUUCGACAAUCGCUCUACUUUGCAUACGGCUGUGGUGGAUUAUGUUGACGAUGACGGUGCUCAACCUAGACACAUAUUCAGACUAGCUGCGAUGGCAGAGAUACCGAUGGCGGUGUAG